AUGACCUCCUCCAUCAGCGCCUCCCAGGCCGGGCGGCUCCUCGCGUCCUUUUCCAGCUUCCUCACCGUCGCCGUGCACUCGCUGCUCUUCCACCGGGCGCUCUACCCGGCGCGCAGCUUCCUCGCCGCGCGCGCCUACGACCUGCCCGUGCACCAGUCGCGGCACCCGGGCGUCUGCGCCUGGGUCGCCGACGCCGUCGCCGCCGUCGCCGCCCAGGUCCGCGCCGGCUCCGCGCGCGCCGUCGUGCUCGCCGUCCACGCCCCGCGCUCCAUGGCCGUGCUGGAGCGCUGGGUGUUUGACCUGCGCUCGUUUCCGGCCGCGUCCUGGGGCGACGUCGACGGGCUGCCGGCGGACGAGGGCGGAGGCGAAGAAGAAGGCGAGGCCGUGAACGGGACCGAUGUCAAGGAGGGCCUGCGAGGGGCCCUGCGCAGGAUCGCGUAUGCGGCGGAAAAGAGCCCGCCGCUGCCUGCGGACUGCACGUUUACGCUCGCGGUCGAGUUGCGCGAUGAGUCGGACGCGCCGAUUGGGCAUCCCCAAGCUUGGAUCCCGGCAGAGGCCACGUUCGGCAGCGCCUCUGAACGACAGGACAUGAAUACUGUGCCGAUUCGCUCUGUGACAGCCGGGCCGCUCUUCUUUGAAUGCUGGCUCGAGAAAAAGGCACCAACAUCCGAGUCACAAGACACCUAA